UGGGGCUCGGGGAGGGACUGCGGGCGGGGACAGAGCCCGCGCCGCGGCGAGCGCUGAAAUGCGAUGGACCCGCGAGGGGGAGGUCCAGACUCGCGCCGAGCUCCGCCGGAGCCGAAGGCAGGACGGGGCUCCCGGGGAAGCUCUAUGCCGGCACUUGACUCGCCGCCUCCCAGCCGCCGGAGGAGCCUGAAAGCCCGGGCCGGAGGCCUCCUGGAGCCGCCCCUCUGACUCCUCGGAAGCCGCCCCUCGGAACAUGCCCGGAGCCCCCGGGACUCGACGGCUCCACUGAGCGAGCUCCUCUCUCGAGUGGAUCUAAUGACACCGCCAAGGCACUUGCUGGCCUGAGGAGCGCCAGGAGGACGUGGGUCCGGGGACGAGGCGGAGGCCCCGUCGGAAGAAAUUGGCAAGGGGGAGGACCUGCGCCAGUGCGUGCGCCCCGAGGAGCCGCGGGUCGCCUCCGGCCCUCCGUGGCCAGGCCAGGCCGCUGGGACGAUGGGGAGCAAAGCGCUGCCGGCGCCGAUCCCGCUGCACCCGUCUCUGCAGCUGACCAACUACUCCUUCCUCCAGGCCGUCAACACCUUCCCGGCCGCCGUGGACCACUUGCAAGGCCUGUACGGCCUGAGCGCCGUGCACACGAUGCACAUGAACCACUGGACGCUGGGCUGCUACGCCGCGGCCGCCGCCACGGCCGGAGGCGGCGGCCCGGCCGAGAUCAGCCGCUGCUCGGCGCUGAGCGAGAUGGCGGCGGCGCAGGGCCUGGUGGAGCGCUUCCCCUUCCCGGCGCUGCCCUUCGCCACGCACCUCUUCCACCCCAAGCAGGCGGCCGCCAUCGCGCACGUCCUGCCGGCGCUGCGCAAGGAGCGCCCGCGCUUUGACUUCGCCAACCUGGCGGCGGCGGCCACGCAGGAGGACCCGCCCAAGGCGCACCAGGCCGCGGCGGCGGCGCACGGCGAGCUGGCCAAGCUGAGCGGCCCCCUGUCGGCGGCGCUGGGCAAGCUCUCCCCGGACCGGAAGCCGGCGCGCGGCAGGCUGCCUUCCAAGACCAAGAAGGAGUUCAUCUGCAAGUUCUGCGGGCGCCACUUCACCAAGUCCUACAACCUGCUCAUCCACGAGAGGACCCACACGGACGAGCGGCCCUACACGUGCGACAUCUGCCACAAGGCCUUUCGGAGGCAGGACCACCUCCGCGACCACAGGUAUAUCCAUUCCAAAGAAAAACCGUUCAAAUGUCAGGAAUGUGGGAAAGGAUUUUGCCAGUCCAGGACUCUAGCAGUUCAUAAAACUUUACACAUGCAGGAAUCUCCACACAAAUGCCCCACAUGUGGAAGAACCUUUAAUCAAAGAAGUAACCUGAAAACUCACCUUCUCACCCAUACAGACAUCAAGCCCUACAACUGUGAGCAGUGCGGCAAAGUGUUCAGGCGAAACUGUGAUCUGCGGAGGCACAGUCUAACUCACACCCCGCGGCAGGACUUCUAGAACCCUCCACAGGGAGCUAACUCUGGCUCAAAGGACUUGAACUGUAGAGAAAUCUUUAAGCCCAUGCACAUGUGGACAGAUGUAUGCAGGGCCCCAUCCUCUCUCCCUUGGCUCCUGCCAAAAGUAGCUGGGGUGGACAGCACAGGGGAAGUGACAGAAGCCCCGAGCUGCUUUCCUUGGCCCAAGAGCACCUCUUGUAGAUAAUAACAUCGCAGCUCAUUUUAGAGCUCUGUACAGAAACUGUGGCGUCAUGUGUGUUUGUGUACUUCCUUUUUUUUUGUCUUACCAAAUGCACAUUGGUAACAAGGACAACAAGAGUGAAAAAAUAUUUUUAAAAAGUGUAUUGCAAAGUAAACCAGUUUUCCCCCCAA